AUGGCCAGCACUAAGAAACCCAACCCGAGCAAGACCAAGACGCUGGAGGACCCACAGUUGCACAAGAACUUCUCGUACAACUUGGACGCGUGCAUAGUACAAGGGUCCAGGAACGAUCGGGACACGACACCCACCGGCCCCGGAGUCGUGGAGCGCGUGUGGAUAACGAACCGGCCGCCGAGACUGGGACACGGCGUGAUGCCGACCGUCAGCGCCCGACGGGCCUACGUGAUGCUUACCCAUAUCCAGGGCCAGACGAUAGACACCGGUGACAUGGUGUGCAAAAAGGUGUGCACCAGCGGCGGUGCCAGCGGCCAGGACAAUCCGAUCAACACGGCCGCCAACCCGAGUACGACCAAGCAGGCCUCGGCUUGUGCGUCCCGCGGUCCUACUUGCGAUUAA